AUGUCUGCCAUCAAGACCUUCCUCGUCUCCUCCCUCGUCAUCAGCGCCGGCCUGUGCGCGCCGGCUCCCCAGGACCACCACCUCGCCUCCCGGGCCAUCGUGGCCCCCGCGGGCUUCACCAAGGUCCUCUUCCAGGAAGACUUCUCGACGGCAAAGGCGGGCGGGCAGCCCGACAAGGCCAAGUGGACGUACGACCUCGGCAAGAACUACCCGGGCGGCGCUGCCAACUGGGGCACGGGCGAGAUCCAGACCUACACCGACGCCAAGGAGAACAUCGCCUUCGUCGACGGCGCGCUGCGCAUCACGCCCGUGCGCAAGGGCGAGGCCUGGACGUCGGCGCGCAUCGAGACGACAAAGUCUCAGGACUUCACGUGCGCGCCCGGGAAGAAGCUCCGCAUCGAGGCCGAGAUCAAGCUCAGCUCCGCCGACCCGGCCACGCAGAUGGGCAUCUGGCCCGCCUUUUGGUCCAUGGGCUCGGCCUUCCGCGACAACGUGACGUCGUGGCCGGCCAUCGGCGAGAUCGACGUGCUCGAGGUCGCAAACGGCCAGGCCCAGGUCUUCCACACGGCCCACUGCGGCGUCGUGAACGGGGGCCCCUGUGACGAGAAGAACGGCAAGGGCGGCGGCGCGGCCUUCCCGCGUGGCAGGUUCGUCAAGAUGGCCGUCGAUGUCGACCGCACCGCCAGUGACUGGAAGGCCGAGAAGCUCGUCUGGUCCGUCGACGGCAAGACCACCCUCACCAUCACCGGCCAGCAGAUCGGCGACCAGAAGGCGUGGGCUCCCCUGACCAGCACCCCCAAGAUGAUCCUGAUCAACGUCGCCGUCGGCGGCGAGUUCCCCUUCGCAAAGGGCGGCAACAAGCCCACCCCUGACGCCAAGACCGUCGGCGGCGCCCCGAGCGCCAUGGACAUCAAGUACGUCGCCGUCUACACCAACUAA